UCUCGCAAGGAGGGAAAUAUGGAGGCCGCAUUGGUGAUCGGCUCGAGCGUGCAUUGUUCUUGCGUGAUUCACAGCCUCAGCAGCUCUGCCCAGAUCGUCCAGAGGAGAGUCGUCGCUAAUCGGCUUCGCAUCGUCAGGUUUGCUCUCAAUGGGGGAGCUCGCGGCAACAAGAGCACGAAUUCCCGGCCCUCAAUCUCAUCGGCACCUCCUCUCACGUCGGAAAUCUCCCAGAAUUCGAAGAAAAUGGCCGUGGAAUCAUCGUCUUUGUGGCAGAAACUACUCAAGAAGGUCUUAGUUUCACUCUCGUCUUUCAAACUGGCGAUUGCCGAGCUCGUCCUCAUCGCAGCACUCUCGUCCAUAGGUACUGUGAUCGAUCAAGGCGGAGUUCCGGAUUUCUACUUCAAGGCUUAUCCAGAGGAUCAUCCUUUCUUGGGGAUUUUUUCUUGGAAGGUUAUACUUGCGCUCAACUUUGAUCAUAUCUACACGGCUCCAUAUUUUCUGGGCUUGCUCGCAUUGCUGGCCGCUUCGCUCGUUGCGUGUACGUCGACGAGACAAGUCCCACUGGUGAAAGUUGCUCGAAGGUGGUCAUUUAUGAAGAACCCCGCGGGCAUUUUGAAAAUGGAUGCGGCAGAGACUCUUCCUGACGCGAGUCUCGGGGAACUUGGUGUCUUGCUAUCCGGAAAUGGCUAUGAGGUUUUCUCCGAAGGCUCGUGUUUGUACGCUUUCAAGGGCCUUGCAGGAAGGCUUGCUCCGAUUGGUGUCCAUGCCGCGUUGCUACUUAUAAUGGGAGGUGGCCUCGUUAGUGCUUUAGGAGGUUAUCAUGGAAGCGUGACAAUUCCAGAGGGUCUCGACUUGAGGCUGGGCGAUGGUUUAAAUCCGAAUGGCAUCUUGGCCACACCAUCUCCGACCAUGGACCUUAACAUACACGUCAAUAAGUUUUACAUCGAGCAGUAUCCCAAUGGUCAGGUGAAACAAUUCUUUUCCGAUUUAUCUAUCACAGACGCAAAGGAGGGCGAGCUUCUGAGGAAAACAAUCAGUGUAAACAAUCCGUUAAGAAUCGCCGGUGCCACCAUUUACCAGACUGAUUGGGGAAUAUCGACAGUAUUAGUGAGAAUCGACGAUUCCGAGCCUUUCAACCUUGCGAUGGCUCCGCUGCGAAAAGGUGACAACAAGCUUUUUGGAACGUUAAUUCCCGAAGGUGUUUUGAACUCCAAAGGAAUAUCUAUUCUAGCACGGGAUUUAGAAUCUGUGGUGGUGUAUGACAAGAAAGGAGAGUUUGUGGGUGUGAGGCGAGUUGGAUCGCAGAAGCCGAUUGAAGUGGACGGUGUAAACCUUGUUGUGGACGAUAUGAUUGGCAGCACAGGCCUUGAAGUGAAGAUGGAUCCAGCCGUGCCCGUUGUCUAUGCCGGUUUUGGUGCACUCAUGUUUACAACGUGCAUAAGUUAUCUCUCUCAUUCUCAGAUUUGGGCCCUCCAAAAGGGAAGCUCAAUUAUAGUCGGAGGCAAGAGCAACAGAGCAAAGCUUUCGUUCGAGCAAGAGCUAACGGGGAUUCUUGAUUCGGUCCCCGAACACGUACCAAACAGUGCUGCCAAAUAGAAAAUGACAAGACGGGCGAGGUCAACGAGCUAGAAAGAAAAUCCUGGCUAGAGGAGAAGGAGAACGCUCAAAAGGAUGAGAGGUAUUCAUGUGCUGUAUGUGGUGGUAGUCGCCUUGCUCUCGCCACACUACGCUUGGUCACCAGCAGUUUGCCAUAGCCAGCUAUGGAAGGCCAAGAACAAGCUCCGGCUACCGAAUUCUGGAUGCUCCAAAUGGCUAUCAGCUCAAUGCGCUACU